UGGGCCAUUGGCAUUGGGUUCCUAAUCGUAUUUUGACAAGGAAACUCACGCUUAUUUUCCCUUUACAUAUAAAUAAACAAAUCGAAUUUGUGAAACUGUUUGACAAGUCACAACACAUUCAGUGCAGUUUUGAUCUGCCAUGUUGAUCCAUCAUUCAGUUGCCGGUUCCCUUUUCUCUUCGUCGGCAAACCCGGACGAUGAAGAAGGACAAGCUUAUGAACGUUUGAGAGAACAAAUUAAGGACGAGAAGUUUGCUAUAUACAGGGAACAAGUUUAUGCUUCGGGGGGUUUUGACGUGGACAGUAUUUCGGAUUCAUCGGUGUGCGAUGAAAUCGUGCCUCUUUUGCAUGUGGGAGAAGAGGCAGACGAUGAACUCAAAGUUAUGGCUGAUUUUGCAAUUGCACAACACAACAUAGAAAAUGGCUCUAAUCUCGAACUGGUCAAAAUUAUUAAAGCUAAUUAUGCAUUUGCGUCCGGCGUACUGUACUAUAUCACUUUAGACGCAAAGGACGAUGACAAAAAUACUGGUACAUAUCAAGCCGAAGUCUUUGAUGGAAUCACACAGCGACGGCUUGUAUUAUUUAGACCAUCGAGCAAUAAUAGUUUUGAUUAACUCUUGCAUCAUCUUCUUCGAUGUUAACAUAAUUUGCAAGUGAUGGACUUUCUUCUUCAACAUUAUUCAUUGCAGCAACUUCCCAGCUGCUACACUCUUUAUCAUUAGCUCUACUUCUUUCCCUAGAAGAAAGUAUCAUUAAUGUGGACCGAUCACAUAUAAAAGAUGAGCUAAACGCAAUCAAUGUAAAAAUGAAUAGCUAUUUAAACCGAUUUUUUGGCCUUGCUACUAUGUUUAUUUGAUUUAUAAUUGAAAUGCAUAGUUCUUGUGUCUGUGCGUUGGUGAUCUAAUAAUUAUUUAAGUUGUAUUCA